AUGCUGUAUUUACAGGAAAACUUCUGGCAAAAUGUGCAGGAAGUAUGGAAGAAAUUUAGGGGGCAUAUGGAAAAUGACGAAGAUGAUAUUAUCAUAGCGACAUUGUGUGGGGGGGACGACGAUGAAGACGGAGAAGCCGGGAAACUGGAUGCGAAGACUAAAGCUGCAUGCGAGUUAACACUUAAAGCAUUAUCUUUUAAGCAUAAAAUUCCAUUCAGUAUGACCACUAAGACCUCGUGGGCCAGGGACAAUAGUGAAGACAGCGCGGUACUUUAUAUGAGAUGUAUUCUAGUAAAUAUCUUUAUGAAACGAAUAAUAGGCAAGAAUUGUCUAGAGAAAGGUGGCGGGCAACUGGCAUUUACGGCUGCGCAGGCUUUCGUGCGUCAGCACGGCGCAGCGGAGUAUAAUUUUACAUGUGAACAGGAGGAUGCCGCACAAGGGGGUGACAGACGGCAGCAACCGGGAGAAAGGGAUUUAUGGGAUAUAAUGGAUAGAUGGUUCACCAGGAACACAUUAGUGUUAAGGGAUGGGGAGCAGGGGGUGUUAGGGCAGGAUUGUAAUGUGAGAAAAACACGAAAAGGACAGGUAUAUGGAGAGCACACAGUCACCGAGUUAAAGAACACGGUAAAGGAAGAAAUAAGGGAGAUGGAGCAGGAGUUGGAAGAGGCGGUGCAGAACAUAUUGACCAAAGUAAAAGAAGCUGGUGGAGAGGAUAAAAGUAUGGACGAUAUAUUGAAAGAGGUCAAGAGCGGGGACUCGUCUUCGACAAGUUCACCACGUGACGUGCCGGAUGCACGGCCACCACCUCCCCAUCCACCACGGAGACCAUCCACACCAAGACAAAGUCCAGGGCGCACAGCAUCACCGUACCCAGGAAAAGUAGGUUCCGGAACAGGACCAGAAACAACACCAAGACCACGGCCAAGACCAAAGCCGACGAACUCAGCACCAUCAUCACCGUCACCGACACCGACACCUGGCAACGCAGCCGGCCACGACGGACAGGCUGCCAAACCAGUAGCCGCCAAACCAGUAGCGCCGAAACCGGUGGCGAAGAAGCCGCGCGAGCUACAGGACUGUCAGGGAGACAAAUUAUUGGAGUGGAGGCAAAAGGAAAUAUACGUGGCGCAACAAUAUAGUGAAGAACAAUGGAAAAAGGUGAAGAAGGUGUUGGAUGAGUUUAAGAACUAUAUGCAGCAAGGACAACAGCAUAUGGAUGCAUACGGUGCCAACUGUUAUAAUGUAGGAUGGGAUGAUUUAAAGGAAGAUGGGAAUUAUUUCAUCGAUCAACAAGUAGCAGACGUAGUACGGUGCAGACUUAUGAGUGUUGCUCUAUGGUUUGCAAACCAGAACGGCAUAGAUGGGAACGAGGAUACAGAGGUCGAAAAACUAAGGUGUGAAGUAGCCAAUACAUUUGGGCAUAUGCUCAAAAAAAUGUACUGCCCGCAGCAGGGAACCUGGGACAGAGGUAUAGAGUAUGCCGGAAUAACAUUUAAGCGGAUGCAGAGCCCAGGAAAAGAUGGACAAGGAGCACUGCAGGGCCCUGUAAUGGACGGCAAGUGCAACAUGUGUGGGUAUGUAGGUCAUAAGCAGAAUGUCGAAGCCGUAAAUUUGGACAUAGCUCACUGGUUACGGGGGGAGGGGAAAAUGCUGGAUGGAAUACAGCACAUAGAUGGGUCUGUGCCGUGUACUACGAAGUGGGCGGAGUAUACAAAAGACAAGGCGAAGAAGCAUAAGGUGAAACGGGUGGACGACACGAAAAUUCCUAAAAUAAAGCAAGACGUGGAGAAAAUAAGGACAGAGGCCGUGAAAACUAUUGAAAAGGUUAUAAAAGUAGUACAAGAGAAAAUUAAAGCAGUGGACGGUAAGGCAACGAAUAGUACGAUGCGAAUACGGCCUGGUCCGACCGCACACGAAUAUGCAUGCGCCCACCACAACAACACGCACACGCGGGGGAACAGCACCCCCACGUGA